AUGAAUGAUCAUGUCACAGAAGAACAAGUAUUGAAGGUAACGUAUGAUGAGUCCUCUGGAGGAAGAGGUCGUGGACAUGGAAGUUUUAGAGGCAGAGGUCUAGGGAGAGGCAGGAGCUUUGACAAAUCCACAGUGGAAUGUUACCAUUGCCAUAAACUAGGGCAUUUUCAAUAUGAAUGCCCAAGCAAGGAGAAAUGA